AUGACUUCAUCACAUCUUUGGGCACCUUCGCUUGAACCACGUACAAUAAUAAAUUCCUGGGCAUAUAAACAUGCUAUAAUAAAUGAAUGUGUUAGUAUAGGUAAAGAAGAAGACGAAUAUGAAGCACAAGUUUGUUUAAAAGCGAUAAAAGAUAGAGGAAAGAGAUUACCUAUUCCUGGAAAAUAUAGAAUCAAAGCUUGUGAAGAUGAUCCAGAUAGGGAUGGGGAUGAGGAAAUGGUUCAAGAUAAUGGCCUCAAUAAUCGCAAUAAUAGCCUCAAUUUUUACAAUAAUAAUGAAAUAUGGUUGAAUAAUUGGAAGCAAACAAUUAAGGAAGCUUUUCCAGAUGGUUUACCAAUAGGAGAGCCACCUCAGUUGCUCACUUCAUCUGGUGCUAGCUGGGAUUUCCAAUUGAAUGAUGAUUUACGAACAAUUCUUGCAAGAGAAGUUCCUGACCAUUACGAACAUUACUGUGAAAAUCAAUGGGACAAAGUUCAUAUGCCAACCUAUUUAUUUCUAGCUGGAGCUGGUAGUGGCAAAUCGCGAAACGCGAAUGAGUUUCAUACAUCUGUUUUGAAUUCAUUAUCACAAGAACAUACAGAACUAAGAACAAAGAUAGCUAAUGCUUGGAUUUUUUGUGUCAGCCUUGAAAAUGGUUGGUCAUUGAUAACUGGUGAGAAAGGAUCCACUGCUAUUGGUACUAGGAUGCUUUGUCAAUGUCUGGCUCAAAGUUUGGAAGCUAUAAUUACCAAUUAUGAGGCACCCUAUCCAUAUGAUGUUUUUGAAUUAGUUGCUAAACAUUAUAAGAAAAAAUUAGAAGACUGCACUAUUUUUCUGGUAGUGGAUGGCUUACACCAAUUAAUGUCUGAACAAGCAAAUGGAACAGACAAAAACAGUGAUUUUUACCGGACACUAACAAAUAUAGGGGAUCUUGCAAUGAGAGGAGUUUUCUGUCUUCCAUGCAUCACAGCAACCUCAAGGGCAGUAUUUUCUGAAGAUGACACUCUUGUAAAAAUUCUCAUUAGUGAUUGUGGUGGCAAUGCUAGAGCAAUGGAAGCACUUAAAGAUACAAUUGGUGAUUCAAAUAUCACAAAUAUGAAUCCUAGUUUCUGUGAUGCAAUUUAA